UAUAGAUUAGGGGAGAUAAAGAUAAGGACCUGAACAUUACCUUCGACUUUGAUAACAAUGAUGUUUGUGAUAAUAAUAUAAAAAUUUAGAUACAUGCGGAGGAUCACUUGAUUUCAGCCAGUAACAAUAAUAAGAAGCCACCUACGCCGACCGAGCUUUGCCCGGCGGGCGGCGAAGGAAAGGAAGGUGUGGAGGCGGCUAGGGUUGCCCCCCGAGGUCGUUCAAAGGGAAAAAAAGGUCUGGGUUUCAGCUUAGUUGGCCUAGUCAACAAUUGACUGAGUGCCACCGGUAAAAUGUGUAUAGAACAGUAAAAGGAUCAAACGGCCCAGCUCGAUCAGCGGUCGCAGGUGCCCUCAUUAGGCGGGCAGCCUAGCGAGGUUUAUAGGAUAGAAGAUAGAUACACAGAAGAUUCCUCCCUCCCCCGCUGCACCAAUAAAAAAUAAAAACCCACCCCGAAUUCCUUCCUCCUCGAUUCGGUUUCCUCGCCAGUUCACGGGCCGGGCGGAAAAUGGUUGCCGUGGCGGCCGAGGGCGCGGAGAGGGCCGAUGCGGUGGCCGCCAAGGCCAGGGACGACGAGGUCAGGGAGUACAAGAGUGACGUGAGGAAGCUCGAGGAGCUGUUCAAGAAGCUGAACCCCUCCGCGGAGGAGUUCGUGCCGCUCUCCCGCCGCCAGCGCCAGGGGGACGGCGCCCGCCGCCUGUCGGCCGACGCGCCCGUCUUCGUCUCGCCCGCGAUCGACUACUAUGCGCCCCACCACCCGUUCCAGCAUCAGCAGAUGCACGUGCUGCAGGUGGUCGGUGGCGCCGGCGCCGCCGGCGGCAGAGACUCCAGCAGCGACGGAUCCGCCAACGGCCAGCCGAAUCGACGGAGAAGGAAUGGCUUCAACCAGGGGAGACGUAGGAUAGGAGUCCGGCCAAGGCGAACUGAUAGGGAGGAUAGUGUACGGCGAACUGUCUAUGUCUCGGACAUUGAUCAACAUGUCACUGAACAGAAGCUUGCUGAGGUUUUCUCAAACUGUGGUCAAGUGGUAGAUUGUCGUAUCUGUGGUGAUCCAAACUCAGUGAUGCGUUUUGCUUUUAUCGAGUUUGCCGAUGAUGUCGGUGCAAGAGCAGCUCUAACCCUUUGUGGAACCGUUCUUGGUUUUUAUCCUGUCAGAGUUCUGCCAUCUAAGACUGCAAUUUUGCCUGUGAACCCCAAAUUUCUUCCUCGAACGGAGGAUGAGAAAGAAAUGGUAUCCAGGACUGUGUACUGUACUAACAUUGACAAAAAUGUUCCAGAGGAUGUUGUGAAGAAUUUCUUUGAGGGAAUUUGUGGGGAGGUUGCUCGACUGAGGCUGCUUGGUGAUUACGUGCAUGCCACGUGCAUUGCCUUUGUUGAGUUUGUUCAGGCAGAAGGAGCAAUUUCGGCCCUGAACUGCAGUGGCAUGCUUCUUGGCUCGCUUCCUGUCAGGGUGAGCCCAUCCAAGACACCAGUACGCCCUCGUUCGCCUCGUGCGCUGUCGCACUAAAUCGAUCUGUCUCUCGUCUGAAGCCGGCGUCCAGGGCAUCAAUUCCGGGCAACAAAGCCCUAGUCGUGGCUUUAGAGACUGUUGCGUCACGGAUCAGUAACUGUCGUCGAAGAGAGUGAGUGUUACCGUUUUGGUUAUCUAGGCUAGAAGAAGGCCCUUCCUUGCUGAUCAGAUGAGAGACCCAUCUGUAUGUUCUUCGCUGUGAGCUCUUUUUUUACUCUUUUUUUUUUGCUAUAUAUCCUUAUUAAUCCGUUUGUUAAUUAUGGAUGGAUGCUGUAGCUGCCUUCGACAGAUACUGGAACAAUAAUGUCUAUGCCUUGUCCUAUAUCGACUCAAUUCUCACUGAAUUUGAUGUGCGUGUAGCAUAAGAUUGCUGCACUACGUGUGAUA